GGCAUUGGGUAUUGAAUGCGGUUAUUUAAAAAGACAAGGACAUAACAGUCAUUUUCUUAGUAUUUUACCAGACAUAUGCAAGACGAACAAGCAGUCAGGAGGAUUUUUGAAACUGUAGACAGGAACAGAGACGGAAAUAUUGAUCACACGGAGCUACAGUCGGCACUAUCAAAUGGUAUGCAAACGUGUUGCAUAGUAACAGCAAUUUUAUUGUUUUGUCUCCUUGUAUAGGUACACCGUUCAACACCAGAACUGUUCAGCUGAUGAUUUCAAUGUUUGACCAAGACAGAAAUGGAACCAUUGACUUAAGAGAGUUCGCCUAUUUAUUCAAAUAUGUUCAGGAUUGGCAACGGUGUUUUCGUCAAUAUGAUCAGGAUAGAUCUGGAUUACUCGAUGCUAGAGAGUUCCAAAGUGCAUUGUCCUGUUUUGGUUACCGACUCUCUCCUUGUUUUAUAAAAAUGAUGAUCAGUCGUUUCGACCGUAAUAAACAAGGACAGAUCGCCUUCGAUGACUUUAUUUUUGCUUGUGUAUGUCUCCAAAUUCUCACAAACUCUUUUAGACGAUAUGAUAUAAAUCGUAAUGGAUAUGCACAAUUCAGUUUUGAAGAAUUUUUAUCUUCUGCUAUGUCUAUAAUUAUUUGAUAAAAUAUAUUUAUAAAAAGAAAAACAAAUCAAAUGGUUACUGUACAAAAGAAAAAUACAGAUGGUCAUUAUCAAUAACUUCACUUCUAUAUGGUAAUUGUUUUUGUUUGUUUGUUAACUUUGUUUAUUUUAUUUAGUCUUCCUCCUUUUAUUGAACAAACGAAAGAAAUAAACAUGAUUAGAAUUUCUUUAGUAAACCUAAAUUAACUUUAAUUUUAUUGCAUUACUUUACGCUAAGGAAUUCCGUAGAACUCUUCGAUUGUUGUUUCUGUUAUGUAAACUUUUUUUAAGCUUAUCAUUAUGACACAAUUUUGAGUUGGAUUUUUGUACUUGCUUCAAUUUUUGAUUACUAUUUUUUUCUUUUCUAUUCAGCUAUUUUCUGUUGUUUUUGUUUGGAGAAGAAACUGAUAUUGUUUUUUACUUGGUUGUCUUUUUGUUUACUUUUUGUGAAUAUCCAAAAUCAUUGCAUAAA